GUGCCUCCUCGGCCAACUCGGUGCCCGCUCGUGCGCUCGAGCAGCUCCGAGGCGGACAGCUCCGAAGCGGAUUCUCAGUCUGCUGCUGGCUGGUCUCGUGCGUGCGUCGGCUCCAUCGUUUCUCCUCGCCCGUUAUCAGAGUACACAGAGUGUCACGGAUCUAAAGGACCGUCCGGUGGAUCGCUCACCAUGCCCCUGGAUCCUCGAGCUUGAACCCUGGACCGUUCUUCUCUCUUCUCGCCCGCACGAGAUUGGAUUUCGAGUCAGCGAUUGUUUACCGCUCGACCCGGCGAACCUGUGGAAUGAUGAACGCACCGGUGUACGCGUCAUCCUGUCCGGCGUUGCAGUCGAACCUUUCCCUACACAGUUCCUCCUAUUACAGCGAGUACAACGGUGCCGCGAGGAGGCGAUUGUCCUCGACAGGAGAACCAGACACCUCAGCCACGUCGAGCUACGAAGGCAGCGACAGCUCCGAGCACAGCGACGAGUCGCGUCUCGAGCCUGUCAGCCAAGUGGAGCGCGAGCAAGUCGAGACGUUCUUUCGGGGCUUAAAGUCUCAGGUGUUCGUAUGCGAAUCCUUGGCCAACCUGUAUCUGGGGAACGCGUCCCAGACAGAAAGAUGGGAGCUCCGGUUCACUGGAAUUCCCGUGGUCGUCCUGGAUUUGGGCGGAACCCGAUCGAGAUCCAAAAGACGGAUCCAGAUUCUGCUCGCUGAGCGCGGCACAUGCUUCACUCUCUGGCAAGAGACCAUAGACAAUUUGACCUCGUACAAGGUGUCAGGACCAUCUUUCCACACGAUGUGCCUCUCGUCGGACCACACGCGCCUUGCGGGUCUGAGCUUCGACAAUCCGAAGGCGGCGAACGAUCUCUGGCAGCACAUAGAGCGACUCGUCUCCUGCCCGGAGAACAUCAGCCUCUCGGUGCCCGGCAAGAAGAAGAAGAAGCCGUUGCCGAAGAAGGUGGUGCUGCCGGCGAAGAGCAACAUCAGCCAGCCGUGCCAGUUCCAGCACGUGACCAGCGUGGACGUGGCGGAUCGGUCGCGAUACUUCUCUCUGCAGACGUUGGUGCCCGCUCUGAACGAGCUUGGGACAUCUCUGGAGGCGAACUUCUAGGGAAAGGAGAAGCCCGACGAGCGAUCGAACGCCUAGCGUCGACCUCGUCCGGUCUCUUGCGGUGCAACGCGUCGUCUUAGCGAAAUUUCAUCGGCGAGAGAACGCGGGACUGGAAGACACCGACGCGAAGAUCGAGCUCGCGGCCCGUGCGUCGCCGAACCGGCUGUCACCGCGGCUAAAUUCUCUCGCAGAGAGAGACAAAUUCUCUCGCAAGCAACGCCACCGGUUUCCGUCGAUCCUCGAUCUCCAUUCUCUUGAAAGAAACGCGCGCGAUAGGGCCGGCGCGCUCGUGGACGCGCGACGAUCGAUGCGCCAAGAGAAAAAGAUCGAAAGAGAGAAAGAGACAGAGAGAGAGAGAGAGAGAGAGAGAGAGAGAGAGAGAGAGAGAGAGAGAGGAGAGAGCUUCUCGAGCGUCGCUGAUCGUAGUAAAUGUGCUUCCACAGGAGAAUCAGAGAGAAAUAGCCGAUAGAAACGCGCUCGCAGAAGCGAGAACGACCAUUUCCGAGGAUCCAUUCGGAGCCGACCACGCUUCGUCGCGUGUCACGAAGUCAGGAAACGCGUCUCGACGUUGAUUUUCGAACGAAUCCGCGCACGGAGAAACCGUUCGUCGUCUAUCGACGAUCUUUCUACCGGUAGACCGCGGAUUUCCAUGCAGAAUUGUCCGCGAGGACGUCGAUCGCGUUCUCCGAUCGCUGGACCGCGGCGGAUCUACGCGCGCAAAUUCUCAUUUCUAUUCCCCCUUUUUCAAAUAUCCCGAUCAAACAACUGUUUCCUUCGUCAACUAGAAGCUCUUGCCUAACGCAGAAAGAAAAUACAAAUGCCAUAGCACCUGUUAAUUCGAGGUAUUUUCUCGCAUUUUAGAAAUUCGCGCGAGCCUUGAAUUUGAACGCGCGAAGAUCCGCGCGGUCCGUCGAUCGCUUCGACGAGUCGAGAAUCAUUAUCGCGGCGUCUGAAAAUUUCUUUUAACACUGUUCGACGCUCGAUCGACUCGUUUCCAUGUUAAACGCAUCGAAUCCGCGGUCUAUUUGCGUUACACUUUAAGGCGAGCGAAUUUUCAAAGCGGCAUCGAAGUCGUCGCGUCGUUUGCGUCGCGCUAGUCGAGCAUCGUGCUCGCUUGAUUCGAAACGGUAUCUUUCGCCAUUGUCGAAAGAAGAUGCACAUCUGAUAUCGCGCUGAUAUCGUUAGGACAUCGGGCGACGGUGUUCGCAUCGGAUUGUCACUUGGCAGCGACGCUGACAGAACGCGGGGGUCGCUGGAAGAUGCUUGUGCUCUCGGAGAAUCGACGAAUUCUUCCGCUGAAUCGAUAUCAAAAUAUGCAAACAGACGCUUGGCGGUUCGCAUAGGUUAUCAAAAUUCGAUAUUUUGCAUAGUAGUGGACCCUCAACCGGGGUCGAUUGCAUGAUGUUUGUCAGUGUUCGCCGUGUUUCCGGGACGAAAUAUUUGUUCCGCGCGGUAAUUGUCCAAGUAACGAGACUGGUUUUACGAUGAAAAAAAAAACGAUUUCAAACACGUAGAUAUAUUCUAUCGGCGAUAGUUGUAGAACAUGUUUCCUCUCGUUACUCGAGAAUAUUCGAUCGUUGUUGUUGACCGCGCCUCUUUACGGAUUCCCUGCGACGCGUCUCCCCCCGGUUCGUUGUACCCCUACCCUCCCCCGCCCUCAAAUCGUUCGAUCGCGAAUAAUCUCAUCCAGACGAUCGUGUCGCGCAUAACUUUGUUCCGCGUUUAUGUGUACGGUUCACCCCGCGAAACGCGUUCUUUUUUGUCGCGUCGAAAAUGCAUUCGUUCGCUUAAGAUCACCGAGGCUUCCUGGCGGAUACAGUAGGAACUUAAGUGUAUUUCAAGUAAAGCAUUAUCGAUACCGAUUUAACAUUGAUUUAUUCUUUUUCUCUUUCUUUUUUGUCUACGACUGUGAUAUAUAAAUAUAUUUGUAUAGUUAUGUGUUUCGUAAUAUGUACGCGCAUUGGUUAAUCACUUUGAUAUACGUAUAAGUUUACCGAUGAUCGUUACGCAUAUAAUAACUGUGGUAAUAAACGAAUAACUUGAUGAAUCAAAUUCCUCCCCGA